AGGUUUAAACAACAUAAAUGAGACGUGUGAGUGUGAGAAGUGUGAGUGCGCGUGCUGUCGCUGUAGCGUUCAGUGUUUUUGGUUAUUGUUCAUUGAUCAUCAUCAUGACCUGUACGAUGCGCAUGUACAGUACGUGGCUUCGAAGAAAUCAAAUGAUGGCAUUUGAAAUGCGCCUGCUGGACGCAUACAUCAUGUGUAUAUGGUGAAAAGGCUAUUUCAAAAUGUGUCGUGGCACCACACACACGGUUACAUUUAUUCGAUUAAUUAGCAGACUCUUUUCUAGAGCGAUGGAUGUGCAUCUCAGAGAACAAUGCAAAGAAUACAUUGCAGCAGAAGGAACAAUGAACACACGCGCACUGGCGCACAUUUUCCAGAAAAUAUUAUAGCUCCUGAUCGUCAUAUUACGUGCUGUCCGCUCUUCCCUCUAGUGGUUCAGGGAAGUUUCCUCUUUAUAAAAAAACAAGACUCGUUUCUUUACAGCGAAAGAAUAAGAAAAGAAAGAAAAAAACGCAGUGAAACAUAUGGCUUUCCGCCCUUCCACCCACUCGCACUCCAGCCCCACCACCCCCACACCCCACGCAGAAGGUGCGCUGCCCGGCCGUACCGGUUGUGCAGGGACUCUUACUGUGAAAGGAGGAGGGGUUGGGGGGGUCGUUUCCUGACACUUAUUUACUUUAAGGCGGACUAUGAUGAUGAUGAUGAUGAUGUUGCUGCUGAUGAUGAGUUCUUAGGGGAGGGCGGACACGCGCAGCGGAGCGCAGAGCGCAGCGGACGGACCAGGGAGCAGCGGGGACGCGGGAGGCUCGCGCGCCGCCUCCGAACACGCGCACACACACUCAGUGCGCCUCUCACCCUUCGCGGGACGGAGCGCGCGCCACUCUUCCCUGGACCCUUUGAUUUUUACUUUCAACUGGACUUUUGCAUUUUUGGGUGAUUUUCCCUGGUUUCGGCUGAAAUCUCCAGCAGGGCAUGAAGGUGAUGUCCUGGGCCAUGGAGCUGUGGGGCAGAAUGCUGACAGUCAGCGUCAUGUGUCUGGCCAUCUUUACAGGGCCCCAGGUGGCACUCGGCCAGCUCCCCCCUCCCUCCAUCGUACCCAGACAGUCGGUGUUCAUCGUGGAACCACGGGGCUCGCUCACCGUCACGUGCACAGGUGUGCGACAGGUGCAGUGGGUGACCCCCCUGCCGCACAACUUUGCGCUCGUUUCUGGUUUACACACAGCCGUGCUGCAGGUGUCCAACGCGUCGGCCGAGAACACGGGGCUCUUCGUGUGUAUGUAUGACCCCCCUGAAGUCGAGGAUGAGCAGAGUGAAGCCCACAUUUACAUAUAUGUACCAGACCCCCAGGUCUUGUUCGUACCCGAACCUCUCGAGAACACGCAGAUCUUCCACAACCCCGAGGGCACAGACAUCAUCCCGUGCCGUGUGACCCACCCGUUGUCGCAAGUGGUGCUCAGGAGGCUGCCGGAGGGCCCACAGGUGGAAGCCUUGUACCUGAGUGACACAGGCUUCGUGGGCAACUUCCUCAGCGGCUCCUACGUGUGCGAGACGUCUAUGAAUGGAGAGACGCACAGCAGCGCCGUCUACACGCUGGAGGACGCCAAAGGAGAGGGCGACGAUUUCCACAUGGAGGUGCGUGCCAGUCAGGAGGCAGUGCUGGCUGGGGAACCCUUCAACAUCACCUGCGAGGUCCCGGCCGGUGCUCAGUACCAGCAGCAGUGGCUGCACCCCAAGAAGCAGGCUGCUGAGGCCCUACAGAACAAGCACAUUGUUGGAGACACUGUGUACUACACCCUCAGCAUCAGCUCAGCAUCCCACGAGGACAGCGGAGAGUACGAAUGUGCCGUCACCAACUCCCUGACAGGCAUGACCGAAGCCCAGACAGUGGCGGUCCAGGUGUUAGGGGGGGACUCGUUCAUCAAACUGCAGCAUAACAUCAGAGCAGAGGAGUUUGCCACCCGGCUCGAGGAGAGAGUGUUCAAUGUGGACAUAUACGCUCACCCCCCCCCAACCGUGCGGUGGCUCAAAGAUGACCAGGAAGUGGGCAGGGCUCAUAACAGCGUGUUCAGUAAAACCACACCCCUCGGCAACCAUAGGUACAAGAGCACGCUUACGCUGUCCCGCCCCCUAGAGGACAGCAACGGGAACUACACCAUAGUGAUCUCCAGAGGAGUGUUUCCAGUGGACAGCCAGGAGAUGCGCUUCUCCUUCUCCCUGACAGUGAGAGGCCCCAGUGAGACGUUCCAUCCCUUGACGCCGCCGGAGAUCUGGCCGCAGCACGAGGACAUGGUCGUCCCGCUCCACGAGAGCUUCACGGUGAGCUGCAGGGGUGAGCAGGAGAUGGUGUGGAAAACGCCACUGCCGGACCACCUGAUGGGGACGCUGGAGGACAACAGUGGUCUCUUUGUGAGCACCUUGACCGUGGAGAACGCCACCGGUGCCCACACGGGCUACUACGUCUGCUCCUACCUGGGGUCCAACGGCACGGCCGAGUCCCUGCUGACGAGCGCCAUAUACGUCUACGUUCCAGACCCCCAGGUGCCAUUCAUCCCAUCCACGGGCCUGUUCGGCACCCACAUUUUGACAGACCCUGACGGGAUGGAGAUCCAGUGCCGCGUGUCGGACCCCAGCGCCAACGUGACGCUGCACAGCGUGGACUCGCAGGAGCCGGUGACAGCCACCUUCGACAGCAAGCGGGGCAUGGUGGGCGUCUUCAGCGCCGGCACCUACAUCUGCAAGGCCGUGAUCAACGGCGAGGAGUACCUCAGUGAAGAGUAUAUCGUCCACGGGUGGACAGGUGGUGACUCGGACCUCAAGGUGGACCUUCAGGUGGACCGGACAGCUGUAAGGGCUGGAGAGAGCUUGUUGGUGACCUGCGUGGCAAGAGGCAAGGAGAUCCUAGAAGACCACUGGAAGUACCCUGGGAAGAUGGCAAACCGAGGAGAGAAGGCAGUGAAGGAGAACAAGAAGAAAAAGGAGAUCCAGUACACACUAACCAUCCCCCAGGCACAGGCUAAGGACAGCGGCCUGUACGAGUGCUCCAUCUCAGACAUCGACAGCGACGUGAGCAUCACCAGGGAGGUGACCAUCACUGUCUACGAGAGGGAUUUCAUUGUCCUGGAGCCCAGCUUUGCUGCGAUUCAGUUUGCUGAGCUGGACGAGGUGAAGGAGUUCACAGUCAGCUUCGAUGCCUUCCCCACGGCCAAAGUCACUUGGCUUAAAGAUGGAAGGGUCCUCACUGACAGCCAUGAAACAACCAGCAGGUUCCAUCACAUCAACGAAACCAGGUACCAGAGCAGUCUGCUUCUGAUACGAGCAAAAGAAGAGGACAGUGGGAACUACACCAUCCAGGUGGAGAACGGAAAUCAGAGUCUGAGCUAUAGCUUCACACUUCGAGUGAAUGUGCCUCCAGUGAUUGUGGACUUGAUGGACCUCCACCAUGGCUCGGCCACAGGCCAGUCUGUGGUGUGCAUUGCUGGCGGUCAGCCCACUCCUGAAGUGGAAUGGUUCGUCUGCAAAAACAUCAAAUUGUGCGCCAACGAUUCCGCUCAGUGGACUUCUCUGGCCGUUAACUCCACUGAGAUCUCCGUGGAGACGCACGUCAACCAGGACAAUCAGCUGGAGAGCCAGGUCAUCUUCGCCAAGCUGGAGAACACGCUGUCUGUGAGGUGUCUGGCCAGAAACCAGCUGGCAGCGGUCAGCCGGGAGGUGAAGCUUGUCUCAAACGCUCUGCAGUCGGAGCUGACUGUAGCGGCGGCCGUUCUGGUUCUUCUGGUCAUUGUCGUCAUCUCUCUCAUUGUCCUCGUCAUCAUCUGGAAACAGAAACCUCGCUAUGAGAUCAGAUGGCGUGUGAUUGAAUCCAUCAGUCCAGAUGGACAUGAGUACAUCUAUGUGGACCCCAUGCAGCUUCCCUACGACUCCAGAUGGGAGUUUCCCCGAGAUGGACUUGUUCUGGGCCGCGUCCUGGGCUCCGGUGCAUUCGGGAAGGUAGUGGAAGGGAUGGCUUAUGGUCUCAGUGUCUCGCAGCCCGUCAUGAAGGUGGCCGUCAAGAUGCUCAAACCCACAGCAAGGUCGAGUGAGAAGCAGGCCCUUAUGUCUGAGCUGAAGAUUAUGACACAUCUCGGCCCUCACCUGAACAUCGUCAACCUGCUGGGGGCCUGCACCAAGUCAGGGCCCAUAUACAUCAUCACAGAGUACUGCUUCUACGGUGACCUUGUCAACUACCUCCACAAGAACAGGGAGAACUUUAUGAGCGGGCACCCAGAAAAGGCAAAGAAGGAGCUGGACAUUUUCGGCAUCAACCCUACAGACGAGAGCAGCAGGAGCUAUGUCAUCCUGUCCUUCGAAAGCAAAGGAGACUACAUGGACAUGAAGCAGGCUGACGCGACUCAGUAUGUGCCGAUGCUGGAGAUGCGUGAUGCCUCCAAGUACUCGGACGUGCAGAGAUCCAACUACGACCACCCGCCUUCUCAUAAGCACACGUCUCCGAGCGAGAGUGAGGUGAACAGACUGCUGUCAGAUGAUACCAGUGAAGGAUUGAGCACCAUGGACCUGCUCAGUUUCACAUACCAGGUGGCACGAGGCAUGGAGUUCCUGGCCUCCAAGAAUUGUGUGCAUCGGGACUUAGCUGCAAGAAACGUCCUCCUGUCCCAAGGCAAGAUUGUGAAGAUCUGCGACUUUGGCCUCGCCAGGGACAUCAUGCACGACAGCAACUACGUCUCCAAGGGCAGUACCUUCCUGCCGGUGAAGUGGAUGGCACCCGAGAGUAUUUUCGACAACCUGUACACCACGCUGAGUGACGUGUGGUCCUACGGCGUCUUGCUGUGGGAGAUCUUCUCUCUGGGUGGAACUCCAUAUCCCGGCAUGGUUGUGGACUCCAGCUUCUACAACAAGAUCAAAAGUGGCUACAGGAUGGCGAAGCCGGAGCACGCCAGCGAAGACGUAUAUGAGAUGAUGAUGAAGUGCUGGAACACGGAGCCUGAGAAAAGACCGUCCUUCUUCAGCCUGAGUGAGACGGUGGCCUCUCUGCUGCCUGCAGAGUACAAGAAGUGUUACGAACAGGUGAACCGUGAGUUCCUGCGCAGCGACCACCCCGCUGUGACUCGUGUGCGCGCGGUCGCCGACGACGCCUACGUGGGCAUCAGCUACAAGAACCAGGGGAAGCUGAAGGACAGGGAGAGCGGUUUCGAUGAGCAGCGCCUCAGUUCCGACAGCGGCUACAUCAUCCCGCUGCCCGACCUGGACCCGCUGUCCGACGACGAGCACGGCAAGAGGAACCGGCACAGCUCCCAGACGUCGGAGGAGAGCGCUAUUGAGACGGGCUCCAGCAGCUCCACCUUCGUCAAGAGGGGUGAGGGCGAGACCCUGGAGGACGUGGAGGCGCUGGACAUGUGCUCCGAGUCGGGGGACAUGGUGGAGGACAGCUUCCUGUAGACGGGCCACGGGGCCGAGGGACCGCGACCAAACACACAUCGUAACCACUUCCCUGCAAGCAGACCUGCUGGCCGGCAGCCCCCGGCGGACCCUAACCCUACGCGGCGUGUCACUGCCGCGGGGCCUUGUGCACAUAUUGAUGAUUUAUCGAUGACUUAUCGAUGACCGCAUUUCACGAGGGCAUUGAAAUCCAGAGACGUGAGCAAAGGAGAGCAGCUGUGAGCAUCCAAGAGCCAAUUGGGCCCAACUGGACGUGGGGACGAGCUGCUGGGACGGCUGGACCAGACAGAGCUCCCUUCCUGUCCCGGCGGCCAGAGGACAUCGCAAAAGCACAAAUUUACAUUUUAUAUAUAUAUUAUAUAUAUAUAUAUAUAUAUAUACAAAUACAUACAUACAAA